AUGCAAUUAGUUUUGAGCUGCAUAACAAGUUACUUCUGCAUAACAUCAUUUUUACCUGCUAAUGAUGAUAACCUAGAAGAUGGAAAAGGGGAAAAUGAUGUUGACCAACAACAAAAGGAGACUAGAACCAACGUAAAGCACGACGCUACGAAGAAUAAAAAGAAAGUCUUUGAUCCUGAAGCAACCGCACCAUCAAGGAAGUUGCGGAGAUUGAAAGAUCAGGUAUCACCUAGUUCACCUAAGCCUGAAGCAGAAAAGAAAACAAAGACUAAAAAUGAAGCUGUUUCUGAUCGGCAAGCUGAGGAUCAUCAUAAAACUACUAAAAGAAAAAAGAAAGCAGAGAAAGCUGCACCAAAGGAAGUUUUGAUUUUGAGAAAGCUGCACCAAAGGAAGCUGCAAGCUGUUGAUAAGCAAAAGAAAAGAAAAAUAUGUGAACCCAAACAAUCAGAAGAUGUGAAAAGGAAGAAGAAGGAGAAGCAAAUUGAAAGCUCUGAAAGUGAAGAAGAAGAUGAAGAAGAAUAA